AGUUAAUAAAACGGACGACAUCCGGCCCAUCUGAAGAUGUCCUCCAACAAAAACCUCUCGUUUUCGAACCACUGUUUCCAUUCCUUUGCUGUAGGGGACGCUGCAUUACUUUAGGAUUUUACUUCGUUUUCAUGUGUCACAGUUAUUGCUGUCCCCCCGAUGCCUGUACAACACAUGGCAAACAUAUGACAGCAAAGCCAUGGAAUCGUGCUUAAAAGUUAAAGUUGGUGCGGUACUAUUGCCAGGAGAUGUGUUUACUUUCAUCAAAACUGAUACAAUAUCGUUGACCGAAUCUCUGAAAGACGAGAAGAUAAUCUGUGGUCCCGGACUGCGGCGGAAUGGAGACGAUGUUGUCGUCUGUAAAAGUGGAGUUCUGCGGCAUAAAAAUCCUAACCUGUACUGGGUGGAUUCUCAACAGAGACGGUACGUUCCUGUCAAAGGAGAGAGUGUGAUUGGCAUCGUAACGACCAAAUCAGGGGAUGUCUUUAAGGUGGACGUGGGGGGGAGCGAGCAGGCCUCCCUCUCCUACCUGGCCUUCGAGGGUGCGACCAAGAGGAACCGGCCCAAUGUGCAGGUGGGGGACCUGGUCUAUGCUCAGUUCCUCAUAGCCAACAAGGACAUGGAGCCAGAGCUGGUGUGCAUCGACAGCUCGGGAAGGGCCAACGGCCUGGGGGUGUUCGGGGCCGGGGGCCUCCUCUUCAAGGGGUCUCUGGGACUAGUGCGCAGACUGCUGACCCCCCAGAAUGAGAUUCUGAAGGACCUGGAGAAGCUGUACCCGUGCGAGCUGGUGCUGGGGAUGAACGGCCGGCUCUGGGUCCGGGCGGCCUCGGUCCAGAAGACGCUGAUCGUGGCCAACCUCCUGGAGAGCAGCGAGAACAUGAGUGCUCAGCAGAGGCGCACCCUGUUCAAGAGGGUGGCCGACGGAAACCUCUAGUGGAGCCCUGCUCAACGGCUCUGUUGGUUUGGUCUUCAGUGAGGGAAGGAGAGAGAGAGACGGACCGAUGGGGACAGCGAGGAAAGAGUGGCAGACAGGCAGGUUACAGGGAGGGAGAUCAACCACAAGAGGUAAAUGGACGGAGAGCGAGGGAACUGGAGAAAUAUCAAGGGGACGCUGAAGAAAAGAAGGAGCAAUACACAGAAAGGGGGGGAUGCAGGUAAGAGGACAGAGUAAAAGGGGGUGUGAGGAGAGAUAAACCAAGCCAGGGGCAGAGUGCCUGUUGUGCCAGGCAGUUGUGUUUUUUUUUAAAGAUUAGAACAAUGAUUUGUGACAUAAUUCUGCUGUACAUAUUGCUUUAUUUUCUACUUUUGAAUAAAUUACACUAUUAAUUCUGCACGAUUAUUUCUAGAAACGGUUUAGAAGGUUUGGGUGAAUGGAACACCUAUUUCAGAGCCAAAUUUGUCAAAUUUACAAUAAUAUGUUGUGUAUAAGACUUACUUUACUGCUUUAGAUGGAACAAAUAAUAAAACAUACAUAGGCCUGUAUAUAGAACCUUCUAUAUUAUAUAAAUUUAUGCUGCUUAAGAAAAGGAAAAUUUGCACUGGGGUUGCGAUCUAUUGAUCUAAACAAGGUAAAAUGAGGUCUUUAUAGAACCAUCACAAUGACUCAACCUGGGAAAUUACGCCAAUAAAGUUGCAUAGUUCCCCCUUAAGGCUGGCAGGGCUCUGCAGCAGAAAAUAAACAACUGGCAAAGUUCUGCCCCAUAUCAGCAGUGAUGGGCAAGAGAUGUUUUUUGUACCCUUGAAUUGGUUUCGGUUCGAGCUUCCCUUGAACCUAUUGCCAACAACCAAAGAUAAAACAAUUCAAAUCUAGGAUACAACAUCUCCCAACUAUAAAAAAGGAUGGGUUCAUUGUAACACAUAAACGCUUUCAAAAUGUAUAAUCUUGUCUACUCUUCAUGAACAUCUACAUCGACGAGUUGUUACGACAGUGUUGUAAAAUAUCUCCUCUGAAGCUGUAGGGGGAGCUCAAUGCGAGCGCAAACCAAGAAAACAGCGAAGAAGUAGCCAACGUUGAAUAGGUCCCCUCUAACCCACUGAAACAAGACUGUGGACAUUCCCCAAGCUGCCAAAGAUCAACACCACUAGCUUGCAUUGAUGGCCUAGGUCCCUUAGUUUAUCCAUGUAGAGAUCAUACACACAGCCUAUUACAAGUAACAGCACUUCCCAUCUGUCUCUGUUUAAAAACAAAACACACACACACACACACACAUAGGGAGAGCGGUUGUGGUUGUCACACUUUUUUACUUAAUAUUAGUUUCUACAAAAAACAUCCCCUGCUCAAAUUCCUUUUCAGGACACAAAGGGAGACUCGUGUGUCAGUUAUAAGGAUGUGGGCUGUCAAAUGCAUCUUGUGCAAAUGUGACAACCACGAUGGAAUCUUAAAAAUGAUGUAAAAAGUUUAAUUUGAACUUAAAAUGAACAGGCAACAUGUUUUCAUUCAUUUUCUUCCUGUUAAAAUAUUCUAUGUUACAAAAUAAUAUGAAUUAUUUCGCACGCUUUCAAUUUCCAACAAUUGCAAUAUUAUGCAAUACUGAAAUUAGUAAACGUUAAUAGGUCUAUUUAGCUACAUAAAUA